AAAAAGAGAAGGAAAGAAAGAAAGGCCCUGGUUCCCUCCUUAAUUUUCUCUCCCAUUUUCUUUUCACGCUCGUUUCUCUCCUUGCUUCAUAGAGAAUUUCCCUCGUAUCUUUUGCCGCAUGCCUCUCAUAUUUUCCUGAGCUUUCUCGCCAACCAAACAGGCCUUUACUCUGGAUCUCCUUGCAUCAUAGGUUUCCCUUGUUAUUUCACUACUGCAUUUCUUUCCCGCGAACUUCUCUGCAAAUCACAGCUCGUCUUCUUGUACAAUUCUCAGUUCCCGCUCUUCUAGACCGAGAAACAGAGCCAUAUAUAUAGAGAGAGAGAAAGAGAGAGAGAGAGGGAGAUAAGUGAAGAACAAGGAGUUUUUAGAGGGGAAAAAGAAUUUUUUUUUUUUUAAAAAAAAUUGAAUUGUUGAAAUUGAAUGGCGGAAAUUGGAGCGAAAUGGAGGGUUUUGAGAUCGGUAUUGAUGAUAUCUUCGAGUUUUGUAUUGGCAUCAAUGAUUGCUUCAGCUGAAAGAAGCUUGAAACAGAAAUCAUCAACCUAUACCCCGACUGAAUCAUCAGAAUCGGCUUAUAUUUCACAGUUUGUGAAUUUCUUAUGGCAAUCCAAUCGAUCGGGUUACCAACAUGUUUGGCCUGAAAUGAAAUUUGAUGUGAGGAUUGUUUUGGGUACCAUAAUUGGAUUCUGUGGAGCAGCAUUUGGGAGUGUGGGUGGUGUUGGUGGUGGUGGAAUAUUUGUUCCUAUGCUCAGUCUAAUUAUCGGGUUUGAUCCAAAAUCUGCGACUGCACUCUCAAAAUGUAUGAUCAUGGGUGCAGCAACUUCAACUGUUUACUACAAUCUUAGGCUAAGGCAUCCUACACUUGAUAUGCCCAUCAUUGACUAUGACUUAGCGCUGCUUGUCCAACCAAUGCUCAUGCUGGGUAUUAGUAUUGGUGUUGCUUUCAACGUGGUUUUUGCCGACUGGAUGGUCACAGUUCUACUAAUUAUUCUCUUUGUAGUCACAUCAACUAAGGCCUUUUUCAAGGGUGUUGAUACAUGGAAGAAAGAAACCAUUAUGAAAAAGGAGGCUGCUAAGCGUCUGGAGGCAAAUGAAGGAGCAGAAUACAAGCUUCUUCCUGGCGGCCCAAACAAUGGCAACCAAAAUGUGACCAAGGGUUCUUUAGAGCCAGAGGCCAGUAUAAUUGAGAAUGUUUGCUGGAAGGAACUUGGGCUUCUCAUUUUUGUUUGGGUUACAUUCCUUGCACUGCAGAUCGCCAAGACUCAUACAGUCACUUGUUCAACAGCAUAUUGGAUCUUGAACUUGUUACAGAUCCCAGUUUCUGUUGGGGUAACUUUGUAUGAGGCAAUCAGCCUGUACAGGGGACACAAAGUGAUUGCAUCAAAAGGAGAGGAUGGAACUAACUUCCAUGUACACCAGCUGGCUUUGUACUGCUUCUGUGGUGUUGUAGCUGGUAUGGUUGGUGGACUGCUUGGAUUAGGUGGCGGAUUUAUUUUGGGUCCACUAUUUUUGGAGCUGGGAGUUCCUCCUCAGGUUUCAAGUGCCACGGCCACCUUCGCAAUGACCUUCUCUUCAUCAAUGUCUGUCAUAGAAUAUUACCUUCUAAAACGGUUUCCGAUUCCCUAUGCUCUCUACUUCAUGGCUGUGGCAACUAUUGCUGCUUUAAUUGGGCAACAUGUUGUAAGAAGACUGAUCAUCAUACUGGGAAGGGCAUCUUUGAUCAUCUUCAUUCUGGCUUUCACGAUCUUUGUGAGCGCAAUCUCACUAGGUGGCAUUGGCAUAGUGAACAUGAUUGGGAAGAUUCAGCGACAGGAAUACAUGGGUUUUGAGAACCUCUGCAAGUACGAUGCUUAGUUUCUCAUCUUACUUCCCCGCCUUGGAAACCAACAUUUUUAUAGGAUUCCCUGUUGUUAUAAAUCAGCCUCCUUAGUACACAAAUGUUGGCCUUAUGCCAUUCUUGCCCUUUGUAGGAUGAACUGUAACUUGCAUUGAUUCUGUUACAUAAAAUAUUCCAGUGCAGCUAUAGGUAAAGCUAUAAAAGGGUGUUUUAAUCUCUUAUUAUGUUUA